AUGCCAGUGGAGCAAGCGCGGCAGCCAGAAGCAGCAGGAAAAAAAAGAAAAAAAAAGACAUGGAAGCAUCGAAGGUGUGCGCUAGAGCAAAGUACACUAAAAGCGGACCUCCCAGUGAAUUGUCUUGAUAUCUGUCCAUGCACACUACUAGUAGGCCAAGUGGCGUGGCCCCGGCAGAAAAGGCUUUACAAAGCAACUCGGUAUGCUACAGGCCCGUUAGAAGCGCGUGUACAGCCAUGCGAGACUCUUCCGAAUGCGCAUCAUAUGGUUAAACCCAUCAAACAACACCAUCAGGCGGCCACUGUCUCUUCGUUUUCCACAGCUGCUGUUGCCGGCUGUGCCAUGCGAUGGUGGCACAAACAGUUGCCUUUGCGUCUCCUGCAUCUUUUGCUGCUCUCGCAUCUCCGCCUUAUUGGCAGGGUUUUCUUUACGCAAGGCCCUAGAGACAAAAACUCAGUUCUCGUACUUGCACACUACAUGCCGCCGUUGCGCGGGAAUACUUGUCUCCAAGAGACAAAUGUCCUGACUACCUGA